AAUAGGGAAGAAGACUUCCAGCAAAAUUUUCACACAGUUUGAUUUACCCACGCAGAUCCAAGAAAACAUUAGCGAUGUGGAUUGCUUAUCUUGGGUAAUAUUGUGCCCAGUGUUUGCGUUUCAAAACAAUUGUGCGUGAUAAUAGGAGACCUGCCUGCCUGCCUGCCAUGAUAAGCUGUCCGACGCAGCGACGUUGUUAAGCAUUGCGAAGAAUCGGGUUGAAAAACAAUAUUCAGUGAUAUACAGCAGAAAGAAUCCGUCAUGACCGAGAGCAAGGCGAGUGUGUGCUUCAGCUUGCUGUACAUUCUAUGUAUUCAAGUGUUAUCCACAAACUCGCGUACCUCCACUCUGUGGAAGCUGAAUCCGGACGAGGGCAAAAUCGUCAGUGUUGCGUCCGAUAGCGACUGUAACCUUCAGGGCACAGACUCCCGCGUGGCUAGCAACCGAGUCGCAACCGAUGACAACGACUACAGCACAGGCGAGCACAAUGGCGAAGAGUACGUGCACCAGUACGUCGAUGCGGAAGAUGACGGUUCAACAUUCUACAUAAUCACCUCGACGGCAGCUAACUACCGGGAGAACACUUGGAGGCGGCAAUCGCGGGACAAUGUUAUAGUGAACUUACCAAAAGACUCAUCCAGUAGUGGCCCCAAUGCCAGCGGACCCAAGAGUGGCACGGAAGCGGAAACGGACGUUCUCGAUUGUGGUAAACCGGUCAACUUCACCUACUACGAUGAUUUGAUUGGUGUCGCGCAGCGGUACAGCCAUCCAAUCGUGCCGGAGCCGGAGGUGGCAUAUCUGUUUCUGAAAAAGAAAGGUCCCAAGUCGCUGAAAAACUUCGACAUCGAUGCGCUGGAGCGACGCCUUCGUAAGGCAAAAAGCGAAAAGCCACGCUCGUUGCAGCUCUACAACCAGAUUGGCAACUUUUGGCGAAUAAAGGGCGAUGCGCGCCAUUCGAUUGAGUGCUUCCGCAAGGCGCUGGCGAUUGCUCCCACGAACGCCGAAGUGCUGCUGAACCUGGCGCGGGUUUUGUUCAACCUGCAAUACCUAGACGAUGCCAUUCAUCUUACGCGACGGUCGCUGGAGGUGCAACCGAGAGAUCGUAGUGCCUGGCGGCAGUACUUCACGCUGGGGGAAAUCUUUAAGGCGUAUGGCCAUUUCCAAGAGUCGGUCAAUCACUUACGCCAGGCACUGGAGCUCUACCCCCAGUACGAGCCCAUCAAGAAGGCCAUCGCCGAUGUGGAGAACAUUUCGGCCUCGUCGCUGCACAUCUUCACAAUUAUCAUCAUUAUAUUCUUGGUUAUGUGCGUCCUGUACGUGAUUCUCUCUUCCAACGAAGGAAGCCAGAACAACCAAGAAGUCGAGCACAAGGCCACGCGCCACUUCAACCGGGCCAUGGCCAUGCGGUCGCUGAAAGGCUUUACGCAGCGAUCGUUCAAAAACCGCAAGUAAACGCGCCCAUCGUCGCAGCAUCAUCGUGGAAAAGGCACCGUGCGCUUCGGUCGUCGAAUGGUGUAGAGUAUAAGAUGAGAUUUGUGAAAAUCUUCCGAUAUGCCACGCGCCCCCCAGGUGUAAGCUAAUGCAAAAAAGCAAGUAACAGUAAAACACGCUAGUGGUAUCUUAGAAAUCGCGCGAACGGCAAACUUUAAAAUGCCUUUGUGCACGACGUAACACUUCAGAGGUUUAACUUUAAAACAGAACAGGCAAGACAAACAAAAGCAUGACUACUUUAGAAAGGCACUGCUAAUAUAACUAUGAACUAUGCUACCAUUCUUCGAAUUUCGAAUCGCCAUACUAGUACUCAAGACGUUACUUGUUUUCCCCAAGACGCACUCGUUUUAUUUUCCUUUUUUUGCGUUUCUUGCUUAAUUUGCGAUCUAUGUGGUGCAGAGAGACACUUCAUUUCGCUAGGCAAUUGAAGACAAAAUGCCCUCUAACGGUGCACCUCCGAGUUGUGAAGGUUGUGAGGAAAACAUAUAUAUAUAUAUAUAUAUUGCAAAACAAACAAACACCGGAAGUUCAAUGGUUUACCUUUUCGUUCAAGCGGAAUUAAAAAAAAUAAGAGCUCGAAAGUAA